GCGGGGCAAGAAGAGUCACGGCGUCGGUAGUUCGAAGGCGGCUGACUCCGCGUUCUAUAGCGAGUGCGCCUGCGCGAGCCAACUAGCGGUUCCCUGAGCGAAAGAAAUCGAGAACGAAAGUUGACCGGGCGCUGCGGGUCAGCCGCGGUGAAAGAUGGAGGCGAAGGCGGCUGCGCAGUGGCCGCCUUGGCUUCUAUGCCUGUCAACGACCCUCUUGCUGUGCACCUGCUCGGCAGCGGAGGAGGCCACCGCGCUGCCAUCGCCCACCGCUGCCCAGGGAGCGGUCGGGCAAGCAUGUGCUGUUUUUUCUGGGAAGACUUGUGACGAGUGUAUCCAAAACACUUCAUGUCUGUGGUGCAAUGAAAACUCUAUUUGUAUGGAUUACCCCGUGAGGAGUAUUAUUCCAUCAUCUACACUGUGCCCACUGUCAGAGGCUCGCUGGGGAGUCUGUUGGGUCAACUUUCAGGCUUUGAUCAUCACCAUAGCUGUUGUUGCCGGCCUCCUUCUGCUUUCAAUAGCUGUCUGUUGCUGUUACUGCUGCUGCUGCAGAGGUCAUCGUGGGGGAUCCCACUUUCCAUUUCUUUUUAAACAUGCCCAGCAAACGAGAUUGGCUGAAGAAGAAGAAAGGUUUAUCAGAGAUCGGGAAGAAAAGCGGCUACAGUCUCUUCAGCGCAAACACGAAAGAAAAGCAAAGCACGAUGAGAUACGCAAGAAAUAUGGUCUUCUUCAAGAUUCUGACCAUCCAUACAGCAGAUACGAGAAUGAAUGAAAAUGGACAAUAUAUUGCUUCCAUAAAGGACCUGAAAAUUUCAAAGAAUUGUUUGGUUCAGCUUUUAGAUCACCACAUGUGUAGAUAAAUGUGUAGUGUAUGUUCCUUUCCUGUGCUGAACGCAACCUACUUAUCUAUGUUUUUGAUCAUUGCUACACAGGGAACAUUGAUUUUUGCUUCUCUAGACCCUUAAUGGAAUGGGAAACAGUGGGCAUAAAUAACAGUUACAUAUUUUUUUCCUGACCCCGUAACCAAUACAAAAUUUGGAUUAUCUUAUUUUCCAUGUUGCUAAAUAAAAACCAUUUCAAUGUCA